AUGCUGGAAAGUGACUUGUUUGUUGAGCGAAUAUUCGCAUGCAUGGCGAAAGAGGAUACAAAUCGCGUCACUUUUCGGGAAUUCUUGAAUGUGGUCUCUCGAUUUGCCCGAGGGUCACUUCGAGACAAGCUUGAGUUGCUGUUUGAUAUGUGUGAUCGAGAGGGCCAAGGUCGAGUGCACAAAAAGGAAUUCUGUGAUUUCGUGAAAUCGCUAAAUUUCGCAGCUGGCGUUAAAAUUGAAGAAACGGUCCAGGAUGGGGUGAUUGAGACGAUGCUGCAGCGGUCGGGCAUUGAUGCGGAAUCCGAUUUUUUGUCAUACAAGGAUUUUGAAGCUAUCUUUAGCAACGUGGAAGACGCGCGGCGACCAGUCGGCGUACACAUGCGUGGUGUUAAGCUUAAAAUCAAUCUUGAUGAGUUCGUUUCUCUCAUUUACUAA